AUGACCGCCUCAGCGAGGGGAUCAGGUGUGAUUAAGGCAAUGGCUGGGGACGUUUUCAACACCUUUCAUAUUGUCGCACCUGAUGGCGAUGCUUUCAUUCCACCGUGCUUUGUUAUGGCAGCAGCACACGAGAUGGGUUACUAUCCCACUGCUCACUACUUGCAACAGGUCGUUUCCGUUACCACUGGGUGGUGUGGCCGCGUGACAUAUCCGUUAUUUCUUCAGAUGUGUGCUAUGCUCGAGGGGACGAGGGCGCUUGAUGACGCCACCAUAAAGUGCUACAGGGAUGCCUUUGAUGUUCGGGGCAAUGGGGAACUAAGCCGAACUGAAUUCCGCAUAAUCCUCGCGACCUCGGCUGCGUCAGAAUUAACAUCUUGUGAAGCAGAGGCUAUCAUAGACUUUUUGGAUCCUCACGGUACUAACAUCGUUAAGCUGCGUGACUUGGAGGAACUACUGAUGAAGUGCCUGGCCGUCGACGGGGAGCCUGUGGAUCCAGUCGUCUCGUCCAAGCGGUCGAGCGGCAGGUCCAGGUUUAUGGAGUCAUCGAGGAUCAGUGGACAGGACUUCCCACCUCAUUCUCGUUCAUCAGGUGCAACCGACAAGGGCAGAAAAACGGUUGUGGCGGAAUCUAAGAUGAGUGGUGACAGUUCGAGGGCAAGAGGGGCCCCACCGCACGCCACCGCUCCGCGGAGUCCCAGUACUUCUGCUGUCAGCGAGGCCCGUCAACCACUUGCUGAGGGGAGGAAGCGGGAGCCUUCACCCCUUCCAGGUGUGCUCGAGGGACUUGUUAGCAGUCAGGAGCGGACGUCCCGAGGCAUUGCGCCUCCCAAAACGACUGCUCCCUCUCCUUGUCUGAGCGGUGCCGUCACAAGAGCAACAAGUGUCGCACAUUUCGAAUCCCCCCCGUCUCAAGUUGUGUCGACAAAUCCGGGUUAUUCCCCACCACCGAUGGAGGACGCAAUGGAAUCACCCUAUGCUCCUAAUGCAUAUCAGCAGGGUUCCGCUGAAAUGCCGGUCGGAGCAUUGCACUUGGACCCGCAUUCUACAACGGCUGCCUUUUCGGCAUUUCCAGUUGCAAGGGAGAGUACGAGGGGCCCCGAGGGGACGCAGGAGUGGCCCCCGGGAUCCAGCGGCUUCACCGGCCGCACCAAUGAGACGCAUACCGGUUGGAGGGUACUGUCCAUUCCCUCCCUAGAGGAGAUGAGGGAUGUGACCACUGAGAACUCCCGUGUUGUCAGUCAGCGGAGCAACGCGCGGCAUUCUGGUGAGAACAUGCCUUCUCAAGACGGUGCAGCUUGUCGCGGCAGUGGCCGCUCAGUGGGAACGUAUACUGGAUCUGAUAUGGUGUGUGCAUCACUGCCUAAUCAGAGGCGUCCCAAGUCAUCGCCAUGCUGUGCAAUGUUUUAG